AUGGAUGUCGACGAGGAGCUUCCCGGCCCCUCUCGGGCGUCGGAGGACAAAGCAAACCAAGCGAGUAGCGUCUCGCAACGAGUGGAAUUAAAUGAGGAAACGCGGGCGUUGAACGACGCGUCUCUCGACAACGAAACGAACGCUGCCGCAGGUCUCGACAACGAGAAGAACGCCGACGCGGGUCUCCUUCGACAUCGAACCGACGUGUGCCCGACUCCGAACGCCGUGUGCUCCAAAUGUGGGGCAUCUAAUCCGAGCCAAGGACACGAAUGUAUCCCGAACUGCGCCAUAUGCGGUGAGGAGCACGCGACGGGAGACACAUCGUGCAGAAAGAAACUGAAAAACGUGCCUCCCCGAAUAUCGCGAGUGGAGCAGCCCCGAAGGAAAACAGAAUGGACCAACAAGGAGAGCGAAUUCCCUCAGCUCGAGCAACAACGGCAAAAACCUCAUCGCUGGUUUAGCUCGGAGCGAGAGGAAGCGGCGCAACAGAGCCGGCAGGGAUCCAGAUCACCGUCAAGAUCGAGAUCAAGAUCACGGAGUCAGCAACAACCAACUACAACCAAUAGACCUGAGGAGACCCCCGGGAAAUGCAACAUGAAGAAAAUAUCUAGCAGCAGCGGAGAGAAGAGCUCCCCCCAGGCUGGGAAAGCAGAGGACGAAGCCGCAGCCGCCAGCCGGACAACCAACCAGAGGCAAUGGGAACGACACAGGGCCGCCGAGAAGGCGGAAGAGGCCGCCAAAGCCACCAGCUCCGCCGGCAAGUCCCGCUCGAGAUCCAGGACCCGCAGCCCAGGCCGCUCCCGGUCCCGGAGCCGCACCCCGGACCCCCGGAAGGAGCGCCGGAUGCGCAGCCGCACCCCCAGAAGGACCGCAACGAGAGACACCGAGACCACCGAGAAGAAAAAGCUCAAGGCAUCGAACAACGACUCCGAACUAGCCCAGGACACCAUGGACAUGGAUGACCAAGCCAUCGAAACCCAAGUGGGAUCUGCGGCGGAUGCUGAAGAAGAGUUCCUCUAA